AUGUGGGGCCUAGUCCUACCUAUCAGCUUCUCGAUGUCAACAGAACUAGUGCCUUAUCUCUACCAGGAAACACUAUCUCCAGUCACCAUCGCCAACAGUGGACUACAAAAUACACUUCUCAGGACUCAGAGCAGACGACUCCAUCGGUAUACCCCCAAGUGGAAGCAUAACAACCCGUAUCAGCCCCAUAACAGCGAGGUCAUGUCUACUAUAAACGACGGAUCAGCGUCCCAGGACAGGCAGCCCGGUAAGCUUGAAGCGAAUCAUGGUCGUCUUCAAGCAGAACCGACUACAAGCCAGGCUUACUCCUCCCUAAUUGCAGAGAACCAACGACUGGAAGCUAAGAUUCAGGAGUUAUUGAGUGAACUCUCUAAGAGGACACAGUACAUCGAUAGGCAGAAAGAUUCGUUGGCAAAGAGCGCGACUAAAGCUUAUGAAUACAAAAGGCUAGCCACUUGUCAAAAAAAGGAAGUCGCAGGAGCAAAGGAGCGCCAUCUCAAACAGCAAGGAUGUGCAACAAUCAGAGUUGAGGGGUUUAAGCCGAUAAAUCGUCGAGACCAGUCAGAGGACCACAUGCACGCUCCUCAAAAGCAGCAAGCUGAAGCUCACAGAACUAAUGAGCUGGAGCGGGAGUGCAACAAUCUGAAGAUACAGCUAAUAGAGGUUGAGAAAAAUUGGGCUACUGAGCGACAAGCCGCAACGGAGAGGGUUGCAAAGCUGGAGGCCGAGUACGAUUUCUUGAGAGAAGAAAACAAGCAAACAGAGAACAGUCACCAUGAUGCAUUGAACAAAUGUAAGAGGUGGAAAGAUUGCUAUCAUGAGCAGCUUGAAAAGAUGAAGGUACUGCAAGAAAAGCACGAACAGUCGGAGAACCAACUGAACAUCGCUAAACACGAACUAAAGACAAAAGCUGAGGAAGCCCGCAUUGCCGACUCGGACAGAGAAGCUGCUAGCAACAAACUCAAAGACCUCGAAAGGGAAUGCAAACAGCUAAAGGAACAGCUAACUGUCGUCCAAAACGAACGCAAUUAUGAGCAACAGGCCGCAACCAACAAAGUCAGCGAGAUGUCAAAGGAGUGUGGUCGGUUGAAGAAACAGAUCAUUGCGAUACAGAGCGAGUCGGCCGCAAAAGUCGAAGAAGCCCUUAAUGCCCAGAGAGAUUCCUCAACUCGGACGGUUGCCAGAAUCGAGGAAGAACGUGGAAAGCUGAAAGAACAGGUGGCCACUGCUCAAGAACAGUUAGCCACCCAGGCCAAGAAAGCUCUAGAGGCCGAAGUCAAAGAGAAAAAUGCCACCAAGAGAGUUACGGAACUUGAAGAAAGGUGCAAAGCGUUGGAGAAGCAGUUAUCAACUUGUGAAACCCGGCUAGAUGAGGAAGCAGCGGCUUUUACCGUCACCUUGAAGCAAGUGACAAAACGAAAGACAGAGCUCGAGGAAGAGUGUAGCCGCCUGAGGGAAACGAUGACUGCUGACAAGAAGAAUGCAUCCGACAAAAUUUUUGAGCUCAAGAAGGAAUGCCAGAUCGACAAGGAAAAGGCCGCUAAGUUUGAACAGAAAUUUCUCGAAUACCAGAACCAAGCUGCCACCAUUGAAUGCCAACUAGAGGCAGCUAUUACCUCAGGGGAACGAAGCCGGGACCAGCUAGCAACAACUGAGAGACAGCUGGCUAUCAAGACCGAGGAAGUCAAUGAGGUCAACGUCAAACUACAGAAUGCCGGUGCAAGAAUCAACGAACUUGAAGAAGCGCAAAAACCUAUCGAAAAAGAGAUCUCCACUCUCAAAGGACUGUUGAGCUUAGCAACAAGCGCCAAAAAAUAUCGUACUGCCGAACUGGAGCAAGCAUCCAUGCGAGUGAGGGAACUGCAACAACAAAAUAACCAUCUCCGCAGGGAACAGAUUCAAACUGCUGCCGCAAAAGCACAAGCGAUCGACCAAUGUGCGAAGCUCAAGGCGGAAUGCGACCGUUACCAAGUGCAGGUCAACAAUCUCGAAGAAAAACAUCGCCGCUACAGCAAGGAGGUCACCAGACUUGAACAGGAAUGCCUCGGUCACCAGAAGCGUAUUACCACCAUUGAAGGUCAACUGGAAAUAGCUGUGGAAUUAGAUAACCGAAGCCGCGCGUCCGUAAAACUGGUGGACGAGUUAUCACAAAAGAUUGCUGCGCUCAAGGAGGAAUGCCGUCAAUACGCUCUUACGGAAACCAACGAGAAUGACCUGGCGGUAAUACCUACAAGACUCGACGCAACGGGGGAAUUGGCAGCUCUUCGAGACGCUGUCAACAAUGGCUUGAGCAGAAAGGCGCAGGCAGGUUACUACUGGAGGCCUUGA